AUGAUGAAUGAGGAGGGCGCGUUUGCGCGACUCCUCGAGUUGAUUCAGGCGUUGCGAAAGGAGGAAAUGGACGGCGGGGCGGGUCUCCACCGGCUUUUGAUGGACUUGUUAUACGAGAUGUCGAGGAUACAGCGUGUGAAGACCGAAGAUUUGGUGCUUGUCGACGAUGAUUUCAUUCGAUGUCUGUUCGACAUUAUCGAGGAUCUGUCCUUCGAUGUCACGGAUCCGUAUCACUACCCUGUUAUCCGAGUAUUGCUGGUAUUGAAUGAACAAUUCAUGAUUUCGGCUCACAAACCUGUGGAUGAAGAAUCCUCUUCAGGCCAAUUGACCAACAAGGUCAUCAAGAUUUUGUCGAUGUACGGAGGCUUGUACAAGACCUUUGGCGAGAAUAUCAUUCUGCUUAUCAAUCGUGAAGCGGAAACCUCGUUGCAAUUGCUAACGCUUAAGCUCCUCUACCUGAUAUUCACUACUCCAAGCACCUAUGAGUACUUCUUCACCAAUGACCUCCAUGUGCUGGUGGACAUAUUGAUACGCAAUCUUCUUGACUUGCCCGAAGAAGCCGUUGCGUUGCGACAUACCUACUUACGCGUUCUCUAUCCGCUUUUGGCACAAACUCAGCUCCGACAGCCACCACAUUACAAGCGACACGAGUUGAGGAGGUUAUUGAACAUCCUUGUCCGUGGCCAGAUCACCUAUGGCACCGAAUCUGAACAGGCGAAGAUGCUUCACUUCGAAGAAGUUGAUGACACCACUCGACGCCUUGUUGCCAGAUGUGCGACAGUUGAGUGGUUAAAAGAUCCGGAUCAACCAGAUCAGCUGCCAACUCAGGACACUCCUACACAAGCAGUCACUGCUACGAUUGAUACAGUUCUCGACCAGACCAUCCAGGAGUCUCCUGUAGAUAUCGGAGAAUCACUUCAUGUAACUCGCACUAUCUCGCGUGACAGCAGUGUCCCAGACUCGCCUGGAACAGCAUCUCCUACGAGAAUGGACUCGAUAGACUCUCGAUGCUCUUCAGAGACGCCAAUAUCACGUCGACUCAGCGCCGUGCAACGGCUCGGCAUGCUUGAACCAGCAUCUGCAUCUUCUCUCAGCGUUCAAGCAGUUGCGUCACUACGUGAGAAGCCAGGCAUCCUUACGCCAAGCCGCAAAGACGGCCAUGCUGCCAACAGUCUUUCCGGCGACACCCCGAUCAUUCGCCUACCAAAGGUCAGGCCUGAGCCUCCUAAAGCUCGACGAUCGCGAGGCAGGCGUAUGGCAGCUGAUGAUGAAGAUCAGCAACACUCUGCAGGCACCAGUGGUGACCGCAACACGAUCCCCGAAGGCGUGGAAGUCAGUCCUUCGUCCACGCACACGGCUCCAACACCAACCAUUACAGACCCAUCGUCACGGGCGCCUCCUGGAGAACGGCGCAACUCCACCACCAGCUCACGCCUCGUACCUCCAGUCCCAGCACACUCUCGUCGCUCCAUAUCCACCUCACCCCCAGCUGUCCCUCCUCCCCGGCGCUCAGCCCCCACAACCCCCUCAUCUAGCCACCACCGUGCGAUACCGAUAGCCGGAUCAGGAAAGCACGGACAGAAGCCCCUUCCGCCCAAGACGCGGCGCUCAGGCCGCGGAAAGCAGCAUCUGCAAACCAAUUCUAUCGAGAGCGGGACAAGCAGUGGCAGUCUGAUCAGAGAGAACGAAGCAGAGGUUGUAGCCAUGAGCACUCUACCGCCUGGCCAACAACCGCAGUCAUCGGAAGAUGGCGUACUCUCCGACCCAUUUUCGCCAACUUCUCCCACAUCACCAGCUCUGCUUGUGCCACCAUCUGAACAGCCAGAAGGGGGUAAUGUACCGUUGAGUGUGGAAGAGGCAGUGCAGAAUGUAUCCCUCCACUAG